UCGAGAGAGACUCAAGGCGGCUCAGGAUAGACAAAAGAGUUAUGCAGAUAAGCGUCGAAGAACCUUAGAGUUUAAGGUUGAUGACGAGGUAUUCUUGAAAGUUUCUCCUUGGAAAGGGAUCAUUCGGUUCCAAACCCGAGGAAAACUUAACCCACGAUAUAUAGGUCCAUUCAGAAUUAUAGAGAGGAUUGGGGCCGUUGCAUAUCGUCUACAGUUGACUCCUGAGUUAGAGAAGAUACAUAAUGUGUUUCAUGUAUCCAUGCUUAAGAAGUAUGUGCAUGAUCCCUCUCACGUACUAGAGAAGCCACCUGUAGAGGUACGUGAGGAUUUGAACUACGCUGUUCAACCUAUCAAGGUCACCGAUAGAAAGGUGAAGAAGCUGAGGAGCAAAGAAGUCCCAAUGGUUAAAGUCCUGUGGAAGAGCGAUCGGGUCGAGGAAGAGACAUGGGAAACGGAGGCUUUGAUGAGGAAGCAGUAUGCUUUCCUAUUCGAGUAGAGCUGUGAAUUUCGGGGACGAAAUUCCUGUUAAGGGGGGGUGAACUUGUGACACCGCACCCGAACGUCCUUGAAAAUUCGAUUUAAAAAUUCAAAAGUGAUGUAUUGAAUUCCCAAUUUCAAAACAAGGGGAGAAACGAUUAAUAUUUUACGAAGUACAUGAUUGAAUAUUGUAUUGUUCAAACCCGCAUUCUUUUGUAAUUUUCAUCGUGUAAAUUAUUGGGAUGAGCCUACACAUAGUGGAGAUCAAUAAUGUGAUUUAGGAAGUUGACUUGUUCUAAAUAAAUUAGGAUGAGUACAAAAAGACAUCUUUGACAAAGAUAAAACAAUAGGACCCAUUUUCCCAAUUUUUGGAAGUAUUGGUAGAUAUUUUGGACCCCAAAUUUAAUGGGAUCAAUUGGGAACCACUCCACAUGGUAUUAGUACCUGCAAAACAAAUAAAAAUGGGCUAGGAGACUUACCUUGGCCGGCCAUUAUGGAGAAGAGCUGCACAUGACUUGAUAAGAAUCAAAGUUUGGGGCCACCACUCUUAUUUUCGCACAAAUUGGUGUGCUGUUUGUCUCCUCUCAUUAUAGGAGCUAUCCUCAACCAAAUAACGUGUAUGAGGUGUCCUUGGAUAGCCUUUGAAGUCUAUUAUCUCAAUUGAGUGGUCUUUGUUCGAGGAGAGAAGGCUUAUCUUGCAAAAAUCGAGCUGGAACGAGCAAAGGUCUGUGAACUCGAGCUGUGAGAGUGCUGAGACUGUUUGGUCGAUAUCUCGAGUUUUACAAGUCCAAUUAAGGCGUGUGAGAUACCCACAGAAAGCUCUCAAGACGAGGAAUCCGUGAAGGUCUGGUUUGCAGGAAUCGGAGUUGUGGAAGGCUUCCAAAUCGUCCGAGCAAAACACAACCUCGCAGGAGAGGAUUUAAUCUUCUAAAGUGAGUUUUAACCCCAAAGCUUUACUUUUCAUUCUCCAAAUGAUAUGAACGAUUGGUGAGACUAUUAUACACUAAUCCAAGUGUAUAAUAUGUCCCUAAAAAGUUAUCUUAUUGAUGUAAAGGUUAGAUACUAACCUAGAUGCAAAUAUUGGAAAACUAGGAAUCGAGUUAGCCGGAAAACACCCGUUCUAGGGGCUGUUUUCGUAUCAACGAUUAAGGGUUGAACUAGCACUUUGAGGAGGCUGUUUAACACUCAUAUUUGAGCAAGGAAUCAGUCCCAAAUCCACCUUGACCAAAGAUUUGACCAUUGGACCAAGAAGGGAAAGUUUAAAGCUCAAUUGAGGUGAGGAUUGACAUCUAAUUGCUUACAACUUGUAGGUUAAGCAUGAGAUUACCUAAAUGCUUAAAUCAUGAUUUUUCAUGGAUUAUGAUGAUUAUAUAUUGAUGAAAUAUUGAUAUAGUUGCCAAAGAAUGAAAUUUGAAAUGAUUUGAGAAGGUAUGAAUAAUAUGAGAUUAAAUGAGUAUAAAAGAACCAUUUUGUGAAAAUGGGUAUUUUACUCAUGUAUGAAUUAUGUGGAUACAUAAAUGAAUAUUUGUGUAUUGAGAUUAAAUACUUAAGUUGCUGCUACGUAAUUAUAAAUAUGUAGAGAAUUACAAAUAAUGAGGAUAAUGGUAUGAUAACAAUAAUCUUAAUAGUAUUGAAAUACUAGUUAGUGAUUAUUGGGACUUGUUGAUUAAAUUGAUCCUAGGGAUUGGAUUGUAUGAAAGGUACUUGAAUAUAGUUCAAGUGUAUAUAAUACUUAGUAUGGAACUAAGGUUGAGUUAUGGGAAGUCUUUAAGGAUGACCCAUGGUAGUUUAAUGAUAUGUUAAUUCUAGGCAUAGGGUUGCUUGAGAAUUGGACCUUAAUGCAUGGUGAUGUGAUAGAGCCGAGCUCUAGAAUGCAUGUAAGGUGUAGACUUGGAGUCUAUGUAUUGUAUAGCUAGAGCCGAGCUCUAGGACUUGCGUGGUGAUGUGAUAGAGCCGAGCUCUAGAACGCAAGGUAGGGAAAUUGACCCGAGGUAUAUGAAUUGUAUGGUGAUGUGGUAGAGCCGAGCUCUAGAAUACAAUGUCAUGUACUAGGGUUGGACUCUAGGAGUUGUCGUGGCUUAUAGUCACGGGGUUGGGAAUGGUGAUUUCCAAAUGAACAUGGGCCCACGGGCCGUCUACUUGACUUUUAUAUAAGGUAAGUAUAUUUUUAAACAGGGUAACUUUGGGUUACAAUCAUAAUGUACUAUCACCCUAUUUGAGGGUCUUGUGUUUGAAAUACUUGUUGUAUAUCUAUUAGAUGCCUGCCACACCAGCACUUUAUAGCCGUAUAGAGUGCUGACCCCUUCGGGGGCGUCCCACCACCAUUUUUCAGGUUGAGGCUAGAGCUUGCUUCCUGUGCUCGUUGCUCGAGAGAUCAUCUAGGAGCGAAGACUUGGUUCGUGCUUCCUCCAUUCGGAUUUUAAACAUUAAUAAACAUGCUCAUGGAUAUUUUAUUAUAGAGCCUGCGUGCUCAUGAAUAGCCCUGUGUGGCCCUUUUGUUUUAAACAAUGUUUUCCGCUGCUUUAUGAAUUACUUAUUAUGUUGUUUAUGGAUGACUUAUGUGUGAAUGAUAUUCAUGACGCCUUGUAUAA